AUGACUAUUGCUUUUCAAUUAGUUGUUUUUGCAUUAACUGCCAAUUCAUCAAUCUUAUUGAUUAAUGUACCUGUUGCAUUUACUUCUUACGAUGAGGCAGAAGUUAGGAUUGCGGUUGGAGUUGGGGUUCCCAUAUGUGUGCAAUGCGGGACGCAUAGCAACCCAUGCAGGUGCAAAGUGGUGGGUCCCACCCUGGGGUUCCUGGCCUUUGCGGCGGCAGCUGUGGUGGAGUGGCCUGUGGGUGCGGUUGUGUAUCUGUUUCGGCACAUGACGGGGCGUCGUAUCAUGGCUCAUCCCGUUACCGUUGUUUAUCCCUCAGUUUCUAAUGCUAUCCCUAUCUAAGCCAACCAUGUAAAUGAUAUCCCCAUCUAAGCACACCAUGUAAAUUUUCAUU